GGAGAAAGCGAUAGUCUGAGUAGGCGACGUCAAGAAGAAAGCAAAGGGAAAGGAAAUCGAGUGAAGAAGGAAGGAAGGCAAAAAGAACGCGGAGACCAGGAGAGCCUGAUACGGAGGCAGUACAUCACUCCUCGCACGGAGAGCACGCGUACGCGUGCGAGCCCGGCGAAUGUGACUCGUAGGUUAUCGCGAACCGGAGCUUAAGAGGCACGCUCGCGAUUGCUCCGGCACAAUUCGGCAGCUCCUUCUUUUCUCUCGCUUCUCCUUCUCGCACACGGUGUCGAGAUAAGCACGUCACGACAAUUGGUCUCGCGCGUAUCUCGUGUAGGAACCUCGCCGUGCCGGCAACGCCAACAGCACUGACGACGCCGUAGGGAACGGGAGGUGUGAAAGGGCACUGGAUAAGAGCAUGGAUGACUGUGAGGCCACCGCCGCAUCUACUACAAGUAGGAGGAUCCCCGCCAGUCAAUAGGUAGGAGUGAGUACUAACCAGCAGCGUGAAACAGGCCGGGACUCCAAUGAAGCCUCCUCUCGGAAGCCAGCUCACCACCACCGUUAUUGCCCCGACCGAAGGCGCCGAUGGCGGUUACGCGGAACCAUAUGGACGCCGCCACGGCCGCCGGUGCAAUCGUCCGACCGCAGCAACGGGAGCAAAAUAAACAAACGACCACCGCGGAGCCUGCAGCAGCGGCGUGGCACCGUAAAAGAGGAAACUCCGGACCGCCGCCGCGCCGCUUCCGAACCGCUGCUGCCCGGAGCUGCAACCGCCACAGCCAUGGUGGCUACCGCCACCGUCCGAGGCUUUGGCGCAGGACGCGUCGCGACGACGGCGGCAGCAACCGUCGCAGUGGUUCGCAUUCUUCUUGCUUGCUUUGUCCUCGCGUCUGCCGAAGCGUACCUGCUCGUCACGCAGCCGCCGCCGCAGGCGAUCACGCCGGAUCUGCUUCUCGACGAGCGGGUCGCGGCGGGACUGAACGGAACCCAGUGCACUGACCGCUGCGACGCGGCCCAUAAGCCGAAGAUGUGCGCGUGUCGGUCGCCCCAGGAGUGCUCGCAGACGGGCGACUGCUGCGCCGACCGCUUUCUCGGCGAGGUGGCCGUUCCCAGGAUCGACUGCGUUCCCGCGGUCUCCUACCGGUACCUGAUGGCCGUCGUCCGCUGUCCCGAAGCGUGGUCGCCCGCAAACGAGAGGGACGACGAGACCAAGGCGCGAUGCGAGAGCGCGAACCCGCGCCGCUUCGACCUGACGUACCUGGACGACCUGCCCGUGCUGAGUCGCCAGUCCGGGACACUGUACAGAAACGUGUACUGCGCCUCGUGCAACGGGGACACCAGAGACCUACGUAGCUGGACGCUGGUCGUCGAGUGCACUCCCAAAGAAGCGUCUGAGGCCCUUGACAACGGUAAUGCCACUGUAACAGGGUAUCAAUACCGAUCGCGCAAGAUUACCGUCCUAUGGGGCGGUGUCGAUCACAAGAACGCCACCUGCCAAAUGGCGAUCAAGGAAUUGGUCAACAAAACGGACGAACAUAUCAUCCGCGAGCUCAAGGUCUCGCCGUGCACGCCGACUCCUCUGGUGAAGUCGUGCCCGGAUAGCUACAACAAUGCAGAAGUGAGACGAAAGUGCCACAGCUACACGAGCACGCUGGAGGACAGCGUCAACAUGCGCGUCUACAAAAACCUGCACUGCGCCAUCUGCAAUAAGCGCAAGCUAAGUAAACUGAGCUGCAGCCUGAAAGCACAGCUGGGGCCUCCGACCAGAGCUCCGGAAUAUUCGGGCGCGUCCUACGCCGUGGUCUUGGACUUCAGCAACUGGCAGACGUCCGUCAUGUCGGCCGCGCCGACCAAGAACGUCUGCGGUCGCGACGAGAUUCACGAACCGGUGGGAAACCGGUGCGUGCCGUCCGCCUGCCCGACCGACGUGUGCGUGCGCCGCGACGACUGCCAGUGGACUCGCCUCCGCCGCGACCAAGUCAGGGUGCGCGACGACUCGACCCUGCUUCCGAGUCCAGACUCCGAGGUGGAGCUCAGGCCGGACCGUUGGCACAUGGACGGACCAGACGCCGUGAUGGCCUGCAUGUCUCCUCCGCAGGCGGACUUCAGCGCGGCCCUGAGGCCGGAGGGCUUCGAGAACGUGCUCUCCACCGCGCUGCUUCUCGUUUCCGUGCUGUGUCUGGUGCUUCACGUGGUGGCGUACGCGCUGGUCCCCAAGCUUCGAACCGGUCCCUCGCGGCUGGUGUUGUGCCUCGCGAUAUCGGUGCUUGUGGCGCAGGGCAGCUUCGUGGCCGGCGGAAUGUUCCUCGAGUCCGGCUCGACGCUGUGCAGCGCGUUCGCCGUGGUGUCCCACGGCGCUCACCUGGCGGCGUUCUUCUGGAUGAACGUGAUGGCGAUGGACGUGCAGCGGACGUUCCGCAGGGGAGUGGGCGGCAGUUCGCGCGCCGCCAGCGCAUUCCUGUCGUACUCGGCGUACGCGUGGCUCGCCCCGGCGCUCCUCGUGGCCGCGGCGUCGACGCUCCAGUAUCUCGAGCCGGAGUCCGCGUGGAGCCCUUCGUACGGCACGCCGUACUGCUGGAUCAAUCGACCGCUCAGCCUCAUUGCGUUCUUCGGCGCGCCCGUGCUCCUGUUGCUUCUGGCCAACACUGCCUUCUUCCUCCUCACGGCGCGUAGUAUCCACCUCACCACUAAACAGACGAAGGUAGCCCGACGUUCCGUGUCCAGCGGAGGGGUCAGCGGCGCCAGCGGGGAGCGGGGCCGUCUGGCGCUCUAUGUCAAGCUGGCCGUGGUGUUCGGGCUCACGUGGGUGUUUGGCUUCGCGGCUGCCUUGACCGGAGUGCAAGCCCUAUGGUACCCGUUCAUCGUGCUGUGCAGCCUCCAGGGAGCGUUCAUCUUCCUCGCCUUCACCUUCAAGAGGAGCGUUCUGCGAAUGGUACGCGACAGGCUGUGCGCGAAGGAGGCCGAUCGCCGGCGACGUCGGCGGAGCACUUCGACCACGCUGACCGCGCUGCACUCGACGCUGUCCGCUUCGUCAUCGGCGCUCGCAUCGGUCGCCACCGGCCGAGCGAUGCCCGCGCAGACCGCCAGCCCCAAGGGGGUCCAGAAGCCGCUGCUGCGCCGCACGUAGCCCGCAGGUUCGACUCGUUGAGCCGCGCAUUCGCACGUGCGAAACACCCGCGCACGUGCCUGAACUCGUGCGGCCGACGUCACGCUCUGUUCCGGGGAACAGGCACACUCGGGCGAAGAAGACGCCAUCCGAGGGCGGCGGGCUAAGCAAGACGAGCCUGUCGGAACACCACCACCGGCACGCCACAGCGCAUCCCCAUCGACGCGACGGCGCUAAUGCAGAAACUUCUGCCAAAGCGAGUGUUAUUUGAAAAGAAUUGAAUCCAAAUUUGACAAAGCGUAGGAACCCCGCUACAUAGAACAGUUGUAUUGUAAGGCGCUAAUGUAGAGCGGCCUUUUACGAAAUCUACGCGCUCUAUACCAACAGCGGUAGCCCCUGCACUACUGCGAUGCAAGACUUGCGCUGAUCGCCGCUAACAGCUUUGUCUUGAGCAUUACCUGUACUUAACUAAAUCACCAGCACAUUCAAAUGGAAAACAUGGCGUAUGAUGAUAUACGCUUGUCCGUAGGGUUUAGGAUACGGCCCGGCAUUUCCAUGGACCUCACAAAAUCGCCGGAAACACCGGAAGUUUCAGGGCGGCCCAACGUGGAUUGUGCCUUGCACCCCAGCAAAGCAAAACGCCGUUGAGGCCACCAUGGAAAGGGAACACGUCGACUCAAUAAAAGCCCUACUGCAAAA